AUGCGCUCCGACGGCAGAGGCAGCACCGAAGCUGCCAGCAGCUCUUUUGGACCGCCAUCGAGCUUGGACUCACAAAAUGCCGCCUCGUCCGCCCCCCACGUGCCCGUCGCCGGUGCGACGUCAAGCUCCGACUUCACCACCCGCAUGGAAAUUUGGUCUACGCGGGUUCCCAACUUCUACAUUGCACCCUUCUGCGGAGCUAGCGCAGGCGUGGCUUCGGGAAUCGUGACCUGUCCCCUGGAUGUCAUCAAGACGAAGCUGCAAGCCCAAGGCGGCUUUGCCCGACGGGGAGGACAGGCCGUUGAGACGAAGGCGUUGUACCGAGGGAUGCUGGGAACCGGAAAGAUGAUCUUUCGAGAAGACGGGUUGCGUGGUCUAUACCAGGGACUGGGUCCGAUGCUGCUGGGCUACCUGCCCACAUGGGCCGUCUACUUGGCAGUUUAUGACCGAUCCCGCGAAUACUUUUAUGAGCAAACAGAUAGCUGGUGGCUCUCCCGUGGAUACGCAUCUAUCAGCGCAGGUGCAUGCUCGACCAUUGCGACAAAUCCGAUUUGGGUCAUCAAGACAAGACUCAUGUCGCAGAGCCUCAAACAGAACAGCGAGGGAGUACGGGCUCCGUGGCAGUACUCUAGCACUUGGGAUGCCGCUCGGAAGAUGUACAAGAUUGAAGGAAUACGUUCAUUCUACUCCGGUCUCACACCGGCUCUCCUGGGACUCACCCAUGUCGCCAUUCAGUUUCCUCUCUACGAGUACCUGAAAAUGGCACUCACCGGAUACGGUAUUGGAGAGCAUCCUGACAAUGGAAAUUCCCAUUGGAUCGGUAUUUCCGUUGCCACUUUCCUCAGCAAGAUUUGCGCAAGCACAGUCACAUACCCUCACGAGGUGCUUCGGACUCGUCUGCAAACACAGCAACGCACAGCACCGGCGCCGUCACCCGAGGGAAUCGCUUUCCGCGGUGGCCUGCACCACCCGCAUGACCGCGGCCGUCCUAUUUCCUCUUCAUCAGAUGGGAUGCUCAACCGUCCCCGUUACAAUGGAAUCGUUCGCACAUGCCAGACCAUCCUCCAAGAAGAGGGCUGGCGCGCAUUCUAUUCCGGGAUCGGCACCAACCUGUUCCGGGCCGUCCCGGCAGCCAUGACGACCAUGCUUACAUACGAGUACCUGCGCAAGUUGAUCCACAACGUCCAGCACGAGGGCGAAUUGAAGCUGGCCAUGGCCAACGAAAACAUCGGGACGGUAUGA